UAUUCUACUUUCAUAGUUUCUGCCUCCCAACGGCAACAAAGCAGGAGCCUGGGCAGCCGUUCUGAGAAUUUGGUCAGAAAGAUCUCAUUCAGAACAACAAUAGAAUGUAAUGAACUGUUUCAUUUGGAGGGGAUCUACAAUAAUUGUACUGUCCAGCUGCCUGAGCAAUUCACAGCUGACCAAAAGUUAAAGUGUGUUAUUAAGGGUGUUGUCCAAACAGCUCUAAAACGCUGACAGGCUUGGGGCUUCGACCACCUCUGUAGGAAGCCUGUUCAAGUGUUUGACUACUCUUGUGGUAGAUAAAUGAUGUCAAAUGUCCAGUCUGAACCUCCCCGGCACAGUUUUGAACCAUUCCUAUGCAUCCUGGCACUGAGUACCCAGGAGAGAUCGGCGCCUCUCUCUCCACUUCCUCUCCUUGGGAAGCUGUGGAGAGCAAUGGAGCCACCCUUCAUCAUCCUUUUCUCCAAACUAGGCAAACCCAAAGUCCUGAGCUGCUCAUCACAGUACCAAUACCUAGUUCCAAUACCUGAUGGAGGAGCUCUGUUAGUAGUUGUGACUUUUAGCAUGCAAAUUCUUGCCUCUUUUUUUUUUAAAUGAAGAAAACAUGAAGAUAUUGUAAUUGUAGCUUGCGUAAUCACAUUGAUGUUAACAUGUGGUGUUUCAUGUUUUGAAACGUGAGAAGGCUUAUAGACUCAGUUGUUGAUUUCCUUGUGUAUCUCUGCCUCGGAGGGUAAGGAAGUAACCUAGGCAAUAGUGCUAGUUCCUGCUCUGCCAGGAGGUCAGCACAGGGGGAGCCAGAAUAGACUUAGCCAGGAGAUACAGGUGUCCUUUGAUGGCAUCAGAGAACUGAUGCUACUAAAACCCUGAGAGCUUUAAUCACAACCAGGGAAGGAGCAAACAGUACUUAAACAGACUCAAAAGCUCAUCCUUGGGAAAUCCUUUACCUUUCUUUCUUCAGCUUGUCACUGUCCAACCCAUGGGACACAUCUCCAGAUUCUUCAUCACAUGAUGGUUCUGCAAAGCUGGCCUAAAUGUGCUCCUGCCAGAAGAAUUGUACUUCCUUUGGCUCAUUUGGCCCUGCCUCUGUGCUGUUCUUGUACCAGCAGGAGAAAAAUGCUAAGGAAUGGCUAAAUAAAUAACCAGAGAUGCAGAAGGCGGGGUGUGUCUGUUUCAGCAUUGAGGCCUCAUUUGUUAAAUAUCGGACUCAUCAGACUGCAGCUCACUUUGCUCCUUUCAUUCCAAGUCCUUUGCCUUACUGUCUGCAUUCAGAGCAAAUGAAGCUCUGCUUUUAUGGUAUCGGGAUACCAGGCAGCUGGAGAAAGCUGUUGUGCAGAUGUUUAGUUGCAGGACCAGCACUGCCUCCAGGCUAUAAAAGCAGCUGUAGCUCAGAAACUCCUGACAGUGACGAUGACUCGGAACCUCUACCCAGAGACACAAACAGAGAUUCAGAAGAGGAGACAGAAGGAGAUCCAUCACCCAAAAAGCAAAAAAGAAUUCAGGAAGAUGAUGAUGAUGAUGGCUUUUUUGGGCCUGCUCUUCCUCCUGGAUUCAAAAAACAGGAUGAUUCUCCAGAGAGGCCUAUUAUAGGUCCUGCAUUACCACCUGGCUUUAGGAAACAGGACACCGGGAAUAGCCGAUGUGCCAUAGGACCGUCUGUUUCAUCAGAAUGCCAUACCCAGGUAACAGAUAGUAGCGAGGAAGAUGAUAAUCUUAUAGGCCCAAUGCCUGCAAAAGGACCAGUGGAGUCUGAUGUGACUAAAGAAUUUGAACGCAGAGCACAGAGAAUGAAGGAAAAACUUACUUCAGCAGACAGCGAUGAACCCAAGCAAGUUACCAGGGAAUCAUGGAUGACUGAGCUUCCACCUGAACUGAAAAGCUUUGGAUUUGGCCCAAGAACAUUCAAAAGAAGAGCUGACGACAAAUCAGGUGAUAGAUCUGUUUGGACAGAUACUCCAGCUGACAGAGAGAGAAAAGCCAAGGAAAGAGAAGAGGCAAAAAAGUCAAGCAGCAAGGAUAAUGAAGAAAUUGGAUUAUCUGGGAGAGACAAGAGACUUGUUGAGCAGGUGACUUCAUACAAUGAGUCAAAGAGGUCAGAAUCUCUCAUGGACAUACAUAAGAGAAAGCUAAAGAGCAAAGCAUCUGAAGAAAAGAGCAAACCUCAGGAAAGAAGGCCGUUUGACCGAGACCAGGAUCUCAAAGUCAAUCGAUUUGAUGAAGCACAAAAGAAAGCUCUUAUAAGAAAAUCCAGAGAUCUGAAUAGUAAAUUUGAGCACAGUAAAGGCAAUAUGUUUUUGUAACAUAAAAUCAUGAAGCUUUUUUGAAGUUAAGUCAAUUAAACUUUGAAUACUUAAUUUUUUAAGUAUUUUUCUGUAAAUAUUUGUAUGCAAAUAAAUAUCCUGAUCUUUAAGUACUUUUCCUUGUCUGUAAAUACUCUGUUAGGGAGGAUCGUCUGUACUAAAACUAAAAUGGUAAAAAGGAGUCCUAAUAUAAAAAAAGAUAAUGUAGAUUUGAUACUUUAAAACAUUGAUAAAUAUAUUCUUUCUUUUUUUGUUAGCAUGAAAAUAAUUGAUUAAAAUAGGUGUUACUUUAAGGAGUUCUGCGUAUGAUCUUGCAGUGGAGUUGGCAGUUUCCCUCUUUCUCCUGCCAUGCUUAAGAUACUUGCUGAGCCUGACCUGAAGACCAUGAAUAAAUCCCCUGUAGGCUCAUGGGCAGGACACUGCUUGACUAGAGCUCCUGCUGGAGAGUAUAAGCUCAAAUGACAACUUUUAUGUCUGCCCAGUGCUUUUAUUUCUAUGAUCCUGUGUCUGCACACAAAUACAGAUUUACAUAUACGCAGUAUAAUUUCUGUACUAUAAGAGGAAGAGCUAGUGCUAGCAGAAGCAAUAAAACCUCAAGAUUUGCAGAUUUAAUUAUAAAAUGAUAGUACACAAGAUGAGAAAAUCUAAUUUGAGUUUCAAUUUGCAGGGCCUAUCAUCAGACUAUCCAUUUUUUUUUAAGCAAUUACAACGUGAAAACCAAACCAAAAUAAAGCUUAUUUUGUCAGUUAAUUUGCAGAGCAAAACAGCUCUUUGGUAUUAAAAAGGAAACAAAUCUGGCAUUUAAAAAAAUCUCCAUCCAUGUUUAGUUCUUUAGCUCUUCUCUGUGUGUGCAGAGCAGCUCAAGGGAGGGUUGUGUUACCUAUUUAAAAUUAGACUUGUGCUUUCAUUCUUUUUUUCUCCAGUAAUGUUUGAGAUCCUUUUUAAGGAGCUACUGAAAGUAUCUAAACGUGAACAUUUUGUACAUGAGACCUUGUCAACGUGUUUGGAAGUGUGACAUAAUUUGUGUAUUAAAUCCAUGGAGUUCACUGUAAUUUGAAAAAAGGCUACCGUGACAGAGGCUGUCUGGAUUGGUUCACAUUAACAGAGCUGUGACCUGAUGAGGCACAGCAAGAAAUGGCUAAAAACUUAGGUGUUAUUUUAUUGCGGGUGUGUAUGAGCCCAAGGCACAGCCCUCUGGUGCUGAGAAUAUUCACAUUCACAAUUGAAUGCUUACAUAUGAUGUAUUUAAAUAAAUGCUUCUUUUUUCUUAAUAGGGAGUUUAUUUUGCCAUCUGAAAAGUCUGCUACCUUCAGGAGGAAGAGGGACUAGUUUUGUGUUUGUUUUUUCUUUAAUCAGUUUUGAAUUUCUGAGCCUUUUUGUUUGGAGGCGAGAGAAAGGCUGAAAUGAAGGCCAUUUACUUUUCCUCCCCUCAAACUGUUAGUGCCUUUUGCUUUUUUGCUCCAGCAAACAAGUUCCCACUAGGUUUCUGCCUUACGAGUUGUCUCUCUCCCCUUUUUGGGAAGCUUCUCUGCAGCUGAGGGUUAAAUAGCGUCUAGCAAUUUAGCGAAUGAAGAUUUCUUAGUUGGUAUAUUUGGGUUUCUUUAGGCAACGAAAGUAGUGACAAGGCGAGCACUGCAGGACCAGCUAACUCUUCGUGGUUGACAAAAAAAAGAUUCUCAUGCUUGCUUUUGGAAACCCUGCUGCUGUGAGAAAUCAAUUUAUGAUCGGUGUUGUCUUGUGCUGAAAGAGCCGAUCUCAUGAGCACAUUGUGCAGUCUUUGCUAAUUCAGAGAAGACUAGCAGGGACGUUUGCACAAACGAAGGCUGAUGGAAUUACGAUGUUGUUGUUAGAUGUUUCAUUUUCAUUUUUGUUCUUUAGCCCCUCCUCCAAACCGAGGACCGGUCACAGGCAUUGCAGAUGGCUGGAUCUUGCCAUCCAGCUGCAUCCCUGCCGUUUGCUCACUGCCCUCUCUGGCCCCACCACCGUCUCUUGCCCUUUCCAAGGACACAUUUGAGUGGAAGCUCCAUCAUGUUUCUCAAGAGGAGAGCUCUUGUAAGGGGAGUGCAGGCAGCCCCUUUGCAGUCACGUGGCGGUGUGUUACACCUCUGUACGUGGGAGGUGCAGUUCUAAUUAGAGAGGCCUUGAUGUGAGUUGGGAACGUGUUUUCUCUCAUCUACUUAAUCUUUUCUUUCCACUCUGUAGCAGCCUCUUGAAGACCUGAUGAAAUCUGUUAUGAACUUGAGAAGGGGGGGAGAACUUGGAAUUGCUGAGAGUUCAAAUUAAGCCUUUCAUUACUUUGAGUAAAUUGAGUGAACUUUUGAAUUGCAUUAAUACACAAACUGAUCUCCUCCUACCAACUCCAAACCAUUCCCUCAAACAGUCAUUAGAGCAAACAGUAACUCAGUAAAUUACAAGCUCUGUAAGCCUUUGUGGGAAAAGAUGAGCUGUCCUCUACAAUUUGGACAAGCUGUAAAGCAUUUCUGCAGAAAUGUUAGUGAGCCAUUUUUCAGAAUCUCAUUUGAAAAACCAGAUUUUAUUUUGCUGAAAAUGCUCCCCAUAAUUACUAUGUAAAGUUUCUGGUAACCAGCUCCCAGCAUGGAUUUAAAGUAUUCUAUUGUGCUGCCAGCCUGCGUUGCAGCUCAAGGCAAGUCAGGAAACUCUUUUGUAAAAAAAAAUGUCAGGGAAGUUUUCCUGGAUGUGAAAAGCCUGCCAGCCUGGAUUUUAAAGCACUUGCCUUUGUGUUGUGCUGGCAUAGGCAUCCUUCAUUAAUACUGAUGUUAAAAAUUUCUGCUCAAGAGUAGGGUUUCCUCCUUCUGAAACAUCAAAUAGAUGUGGAAUUCACAGUGAAGUCAAUGAAAAGAAGGCUUUUGUGGUAGGCAUACAAUAAAUUGAAUAUUUAGGAGGAAUUUUAAGGAAUAUUAUAUAGUAAUAACAAAAAAUAAUGAAAAAUACCCUGCUGAGUCUGCUGUUACCAAGGAACAAUUAAAAGCAAUAAAGACAUUUCAAGAAAACUUAUGGAUCUCUUUGUACGUAUCUUUAGGAUAAAAUAUUGAGCUACCCUGAUGUGCGAUCUAGACAAUUUUGUGGGGUGUUGUAAAGCAAUACUGUCACCUGAGGAAAAUCUCUGGUCUUGAUUUAAACACCUACUUUUGGAGAGUUAUUUUUUGCUUCUGCUGCUGCAGUCAGUGGAUGCAUCGUGCACAUUGGCUUUUCUGGAUGAAGUGUGUUUCCCAAACAAUAAACUUUGAUGGUGUCAUGUUGAUAGCACAAGAGCAGCAUUAUCAAAAUAGCUUUCUUCUAGAAAGAAACAUUGAGAUGAAGCAUUGAUAUGUUUCUGUUCAGUAGAAAAGGCAUUUUUUUCUGCAUAAAAGAUGUUUCAAAGUGCUCCAGAGGGCUCCUGGAGUCCAGGGCUACUCAUGCUCAGGGACUUGUUUUGUUUCUGAAAUUACAACUUUGUUAUUUUUGUCUGGCCAAUUAGCAAUUCUCUGUUCACUUAAGAGUAAUAUAGCAUCAAAAAUUGGAAUCUGAGAAAACAUUCUCUUUGUGCAUUGUCAACUUCAGCUGUCCUGCUUGCGUACAGUAUUAGUUUCUAAUUGCAUGCUUAGCUAAUUCUCAAAUAAAACACAUAUAUAUUACUUUCUGUCCUUAUGAAUUGUGUGCAGCGUUUUAUAUGCUGGAA